AUGGAUCGCGGCAGCAGCUCCAGUCUCGCUAGCAGCGCCACCGUUGGCACCAACACCAUCACCAGCGGCAUUUCCAAGGAGUGCGCCAAUUACCCCGUCGGCAGUCAGUCGGCCCGUCCAUACGUCCAACUGCCGGGCACACACAUUUCCAACCCUCCCCAGUACGGGCCAGGGAAUAUGCAGGAAAUAGACGCUGGCAAAAUGGUGCACAACGGCAAGGCACUCACAGGGCGCUACAAUGCCACGCCCACCUAUGGCUUCGACAACGAGCAGAACUACUGCCUGUUGCCGUCUCCAAUGCCCCCUCCACCAUACGCCUUGGCACGCGUGAGCAGCACACGCAACUUUGAGCUCGAGAACCACACACCGCCGGCAUGUCCCGGCUCUGAACCCAUUGCCAUGACGAACGGCACCAUCCAGUUGCGCCUCCGCGAUGGCGUGCGCAUUGACAUGACUCUGGAUAAGGCGGUGUGCGUGCUCAAUCAGCGCAGCAUGGUGGCAGUUGCUCUAUCACGCAACUGCAGCAACUCGGCUUUGAUCCACCCCAAUGGACGCAUCUUUCAGAGCGGCGCUAAAGUCGAAAUAGUCACCUACGACGGCAUGAAGGGCAAUAACUUUGUUCGCUAUGCCAAGAUGUGGUACAAGGGUGUGAGCUUCACCAGCGAGGCGUGCGCUCUCAUCUACCUGGUGGACACAGCCGGGACGCGCACCACAACCGACACUUUCACCGAUCUGACCAAGGACUACACCCUGGCAGUGUUCUAUGAGUGA